UAGAACUUGUUUAUGGCGUGAGUUUUAGACUGCACAACACCAGUGGAUGAGUGACUGAUUUGGACCAGGCUCAACCUCAGCGUCGAUGUUAUGGAGCAGUGACAUUUAUCUGCAGCAGUUUCACUUGCUGCGUCGCCUUCCUAGCUAAAAAGAAUCACAGCAAUUAAGAGUCACGAGAAACUGCCACUUCAGCUCGACAAGGCAUGGUUUGAAGCACACGUCAGGUGACGUCUUGCGCGUGUGGGCGUGUCGUCCCGAGCUUCUGUUCGCGCAUGCCUGCAUACUGUCGGCUAGCUGGAAAGUAAAAAAGUGCCUCGCGAAAAGGGUGCCGUUUUCUGUGGAUUGGGAACGCCAUGUUUGCAUAUCUAAUACAUGUCUAUCUUUGCCAAGCAACCAACAACAGCAUAUCUGUUGUUCGUUCAGUGACGGUUCCUUUUUAAAUCCCCGUGACGGCGUUGAAACUGGUUCCUUGUCUUGCCCUACUGCUCGGUGACCGCACGCUCGCGGAUUUUCGGUAAGACUGCGUUUUUCGGUUUGCGCAGUUUCCCAUUUUGAAUGUGUAGAUGACUGAGGACUUUAUGUAUUGUGCUGCGAAUGCGAACGUUAUUAUCCAUCGAGAAUUGACGCACAACACCCUGCAUUCAGCGCCUUCUCUCUGGUUUUCGCAGCACCGCCCAACUCGUCCUUGUGGCCCGUCCUCCACUUUCGUGGGUGCCCAUCCCAUGGCACUAUGCCACACGCCAUUUUCCCGCGGCUCACUGUGUUUCGAUCUUUGAGUGAAGAUGUGUUGCUCGCAUACAAAUAAUUGGGCAAGCAGUGAAGAAUGCUCAACAAGUUCGUGGCAAUCCACGAAAAAUACGGGGAGCUGAUGUGACUUGCAAAGGGGUGUGCGUUCACGGCAACCAGUUUUUGCGCAAUUAGGGGUCCCAAGAAGAUCGCUACCUCAUCUUAUCAACGCAAGUCCUUCGUGAAUGUGGUGAGGUGGGCUUUGACUUAACGGUUGUAGAGGUGUUUAGGGUGCCAGGCGCAUAACUCCAUAAUGUCUCCUGUUCACUCAACUCAAUCUCACCCUCGAGUGUCGUCGCAGAAGCCUCAAGCUCACGCGCCUGUUGGUACUUCUGCUUUGGUGUCGAGAGGGUCAGACUCACAGUGGCUUGCACGGGCCGUUUUUGGCGAUCAUGAACUGUUUCCGACUGCAUUUCCCUUUAUUGGAGGGUCGGAGGCUGUGACAGAAACACUAUCAAAUACAGAGGCCGAGGAAGCAAGCACACAUCUUCGGGAUUCUCUUAUGGUAGACGCUGGUUUCCAGUUCAGCUGUGAUCCCAUAUUGGCAACUCAGCCACCUCGUAGUGCUUGUAAGACAGAUGACGGAGAGCGUGGAUACAGACCGUCGGUGCGGCACGCCCAUUCAGACAACGGCCACCACGCGGUCUACCACCGCACUGAGGCGCCUUUGCGUUCCUACUCGCUUAUGGAUAUCGAAAAUGAUGCAUUUACAGGCAUUCAUGAAGAUGAUGUGGAGAACGCUAUGGGCCAUUGCUUGCGGAAUCUGCAGUUCGUCUUCAGUUUCCUGCUUCUGUGUUUGGGAACGUCGUUACUGCUUCAUUGGCCAGAUAUGAGGAAUACGUCCCCCCUACUGUUUUAUUAUAUCCUUGGAUGCAUGCUGGCGGAAGUCGUUCUCGUGUUCUGUCUUGCAUGUUUCAUGUGUCUCAUGGCAUGCCUCGUGGGGGAGGGCGGAGCUGCCUACGGCAGUGUUAUGUGCGGCCUCCUACACCGUGUGGCAGAGGGCGCAACCCACUACACGCUUACGGGUGUCGGGGCGUACACACUAUAUAACUUCAAUGAACUCGAAAGCACGCUAUUCCAGUCGGAGGAGCAUAUCCAGGAGAAGUUCAACUGGUUGCUGGUCUAUGUAGGAUGUGAGGUGGUUAUCUCUUUGCUGUAUUCUCUCCAAACCCUGGGGACCCUAUUCGGGAUUUUCAAGUUUGUUCUUGUCAAAAUCUACGCGAAGAUAACAGGAAGAGGAGAAGUGCAGUUUCAACAGGGCGACGCGCCCAUCAUCUACGCGUCUCUCGACCAGUAUCGCAGAGCACUGCCGACAAUGCGGAACCCCGUUGAUAUUGCAUUUGCAAGGCAUCAUCAGCGAAGCGCCCAAGCGAGCACGCCAAAGGAAGGUGAAGGGACCGUUGACGUAGAAAUGGGCGGAGUUGGCUCUUCCAGCCAAGACACUACUCGGAGUACACAACCUCUCCUUGUUAACCACACAUAAGUGAAGAGCCACGGGCGUAGGUGUACACGCAACUGUGCAGGCGACUUGCGGGCCACAUGUGGCGUCGAAUGGUGCUGAGUGUGCGCGGUGAGUGGCGAUUCAUCGUAUUUCAGUUGUUCCACCGUCAACCACCUGUCGUGGUACCGGCCGUUUCGGGCCAGUGUGUAUCUUGUUGAAGUGAAUUUGCACUCGUGGAGGCUUCUUGGGACGAACAAACUUGAGAAACAUUCGAUAAACGCAGCAGAAUGGGAAUCGGUUUGUCAAUUUCACCGAAAAAAAAGGGAAGCUGAUCUGAGGAAGUGGAGUGAACUACGCUACUCUGGAUUUUUUUUCAAAGAUGUGUUGCACUGCGCGUGGUCUGCGUAAGGAUUCAGGCUGGAGCCGAGCUAGCUUGUCUUCAGUUCUCAUCGGGCCGGUCCCGGCUAAACUCUCUCACGGUUCCGGCGCUUGCUCGCAUGCAUCAUUGCCCUGCUAUGUGAUUUCCUCGCAACCAGUCUUCUAAACACCCUUUUGGCGGUUUCCUUGCCAUCAGGACAACUUCAGUGGACAAAGCU